AUGAUACCCCAUAUUCUUUUAGCUACAGCAGUUGCGCUGUCAUAUGUAGCGGCUAUCCGAAUCAAUAUUCCUGUGCUUCUUAGGGCGGCCGAUCGGAGUGACCCGGCUGUGAUUCGGUAUCGAAUGACUCGGAUCUUGUUUCUUUGUGUAUUCCUCUUUGUAACUCUCCCGCUAAUUCUUCUGUAUGGACUCAAUUCUUAUGAACUGCCAUGGGAAGUGAUCAAACAAUUUGGAAUUGUGCCCGGAUAUACUGUUAACGGCGAUUUUGGAGAGGAUUCAGUGAAUGUACUUCGCUACAUAGGUAUAAUGUGCGUCUUAUAUAUGGGCCCAAUUGCGCAUUACAUCUUCAAUGAAAGCCAAAGUGUUCUUAACGAUUUCUUCUUCUCAUUUUUGGUGUUGACAGGCGUCAGAGACCACAUUUUUGCACCCAUUACCGAGGAAUUUGUCUAUAGGGCUGGAGUCAUUGCAACGCUCAAACCGGUUCUCACAAACAGUCAAAUCAUGAGGUGGCUGCCGGCGCUUUUCGGGCUUGCCCAUGUCCAUCAUGGCUACAACUUAUUCUACAAUGAAGGACACCCGCUAGGCUUCACCUUAUUGAACGUGGGUUUCCAAUUGAUCUACACCUCGAUAUUUGGCCUUCUAGCGAACAAAGUGUUUUUGGACACUGGCUGCAAUCUCUGGUGUGCUAUAGCUGUGCAUGUGAUAUGCAACUUGCUAGGGUUUCCCUCUUUUGAGAUGAGAUCCACACACCCGCGUUGGUUUAUCAUUUACUGUUCAUUGUUGUGCACUGGACUGUAUCUUUUUUACAUCUUGCUUUGA